UGUCUUCAGAGGCUGUUGGAGGACUCUGCCGCCCCACAAUGCUUCUCGGUGUUAAUGUUUUGGUGACGUCUGGAGACGAAAACAGCCAGUGGGUGGGCUGGACCCCUGCUUUAGGACUGUUUUACACUGCAGAUAACGUCGCUAUGAAUAUUUGAGCCUCGUAUGUGGACACACUGGGCUCCCAGAAUGAGUUAGAGGGCGCACCUCCGCCAGCUACUCGCUUCCAAGGGGAAAUCUUCGUCUUCUGCGCUACUGUGACUGCGGAGAAUCUGUUAAAGUUGGUUAAAACCAAUCUGUGCAGCGAGCAGCUUCUUUGUCAGCGGCUCAACUGCAUCAAUAUGAUACUUUGAGCAUAGGGUAACAUGGAUCUUGGCAGUUUCCUCGUCCUUCUGCUGCUCCUCUUGCAGGCUCUACAGGCAUCAGCUGAGGACUCAGAAGGACACCUGAUGUGUCUUUGCGAAGGCUCCAAAUGUCCUCAGACCCCAGAGUGUCGAGGCACCCGGUGCUUCUCCUCGAUUAAAGUGAGCGGCGGUGAGGUGUUGCUGGAGCAUGGCUGUUUUAAAGAGCGACUGCAAUGCUUCACGGCGCCGUCCUUCCAUCAGGCCGUCCACUGCUGCUCCAAGCACAUGUGCAACGGAAACACCACCAGGAGCUUCCUGAUGUCGCUUCUUAUAUCAGCGCCUGAAGGGGAACCGGUUCGGUACCGGGUGGAGACGUUGGCUCUCUUUGUGCUCGCCCCAGUGGUGGUUCUGGUCCUGCUGUCUGUGGUGUCGGUCCUGGCCUGCAGGAGGCUCCACCGUGGCCGCCUGCAGAGACUGCAAGAGUUCGACACUGAGCAGGGAGAUGGUCUCAUCACCUCCAAUGUCGGAGACAGCACUUUAGCUGAUCUUUUGGAUCACUCGUGCACUUCAGGCAGUGGUUCAGGUCUUCCCUUCCUCGUCCAGAGAACGGUAGCCAGGCAGAUUAGCCUGGCGGAGUGUGUUGGUAAGGGGCGAUAUGGAGAGGUGUGGCGCGGUCAGUGGCAAGGGGAGAACGUUGCCGUGAAAAUCUUUUCCUCCAGAGACGAAAAGUCUUGGUUCAGGGAGACUGAGAUCUACAACACUGUGAUGCUAAGGCAUGAAAACAUUCUUGGUGAGUUAAACUUGAACUACCGAACCAAAAUAGAUGGAGGAAAGAAUCAAGUGUUCAUAGUUUUUAGUUUGGUUUGCUCGUUUCUCCCAGGAUUCAUGGCUUCCGACAUGACUUCUCGAAACUCCAGCACUCAGCUGUGGCUCAUCACUCAGUACCAUGAAAACGGCUCGCUGUACGACUACCUGCAGCGAGUUGCGGUGGAGACGUCGGAGGGCCUGGCGAUGGCGGCGUCCAUCGCCAACGGCCUGGUUCACCUGCACACUGAGAUCUUUGGCACCGAGGGAAAACCGGCCAUUGCACACCGAGACCUGAAGAGCAAAAACAUCCUGGUGACCAAGGAGCUGCGCUGCUGCAUUGCAGACCUCGGGCUGGCUGUGACACACACUCAGGCUGACAACCUGCUGGAUGUGGGCAACAAUCCCAAAGUUGGCACCAAACGCUACAUGGCACCUGAAGUGCUGGAUGAAACCAUUCAGACCGACUGCUUCGACGCCUACAAGAGGGUUGACAUAUGGGCCUUCGGACUGGUGCUGUGGGAGAUAGCGAGGCGCACGUACAGCAACGGUAUCGUCGAAGAGUACAGACCUCCCUUUUACGACCAGGUUCCAAACGACCCCAGCUUCGAGGACAUGAGGAAAGUGGCGUGUGUGGAGCAGCAGAGGCCUUUCAUUCCUAAUCGCUGGUUUUCAGAUCCGACACUCUCUGCUCUGGUUAAACUGAUGAAGGAGUGUUGGUACCAGAACCCCUCUGCCAGACUCACAGCGCUGCGCAUCAAGAAGACCCUUGAUAAGAUCCACAGCUCCCUGGAGAAGGGCAAGGAGUCAUGAGACGGAGGCGCCUGCGUGAUGUCAGAGGCUUGACUUCGACAUGAGCUUGGAUUUUGUUGAAACAAGAGGCAAUCUGAAGGAUGGAGAUGUACAGGAAAGCUUCUAUCCUUCUCUUGCUCUUCCUUUCUCUGUUGUUGCCUUCCACCAACAUCCCUCUGUUUGACUUGAAGACAUUUGGAGCUGUCGCAUUUGAACAAACCGUAGCCGUGCGAGCUACCGCCGCGGACUGUUACAGAGUGUGAAGGGUUGGCAUAUUAUAGUACCCAAUCAUACCGCUUCAAUGCACAGUUUACACGGCUCUGGGUCUGGCCUUUCUACACACACACACACACCAAACACUACGUGCUGAGUCCAAUAUCUGAUCUCCAGCCAAGCAUUUCUUUUGGCAUGAUUUUGUGGCAUUCUGCUGAGAGACAAUCAGAUUUUACUUCACUCACUCGGCGUGAUCCGAACAAGCCAACAAAUACUCAACAUGUUCACUUGCUAAAGGAAAAGAGCCAAUGGAAUCAAAACCUUUUAGUCCAUUUUAAAAAUGAUAUUUAUGUAUUGAACCUCCACUGUUACCACACUACUGAGGACUUAUGUAAGACUGUUAUACGAUGAUUAUGUGUGCAAGCGAUUGUGAACAUAUAUAGGCAUUAACGCUAUUGGACUGUAACUAUUGUCACUACCAAGUAGGAAAUAAUUUGUUGAGAAAUGCAGAACGUUUAACUUUUUGAUAUUGAGAAAUGGGAUGAAACGGGAUGUGGGUGAAUAUAAAGAGAGGAGAACAAUAUGCUGUUUGAAGUUUGAAUUACAUUCUCAAUUGGGAAGAAUAUUAUAUUCAUUUGGGGCUUUUAACUGUUUUAAUUGUCCUGUGAUGGAAUGAACAUACUUCACUGAUCAUUAAAAACAAGAAUUAGGUGCAGAAGUUUAAACUUAUAGAACCUUUUACCAGGAACAUGAUUCAAAUGGAUACAUACAGAUUUUCCCUAGCAUUUUAUAGUUUCUAGUUUGUUUACUGGGCGUUUCAACUGGUCAGUGAAACCAAACACAGACCAAGACUGGUUUUAGAUUGGAUGAAGCAGGCUAACAGUUAGCUCCUUAAUUAUGUCAAACAUUUUCCAAUGAUGCUUAAAAUCCAGGUCCACACAGGAACUCAACCAAUUUAAAUAAGCUCAAAUGUUUUUCACAAGAAGGGCAGUCAAAUGUGCAACUUUUAAUUUCUGCUUUAACUUGGUAUACGAAUUUAGGAAAUUUGUGAAAGUGUAAUUAUCUAAAAAUAAACAAAAAACGUUUUUCACAAACAUUAGGACGUAUAUGUUGAGUAAAAAAAAAAAAAGCAAUUUAUAAUAUUGGUCAGUGUCACUACAGGGACUUGUGAUGAAUGAAUAAAAGAGUUCAUAACAAACAAACUAAAGAUUAAGUGCAUAAUUUAGUUUCCUGAAAGAAAUUUCCAUGUAAGGUUUUAUUUUUUUAAAAUAAAGCUUCUAGCUAAUGCCUGCUGUAUUAAGUUAGAUAUUUUAGUUGUAGGUUUUUAAUGUCUUGACCACCUUUCCAUGUUUAAAAACUUUGUAUGCUGCAUUAAACAUAUUACAGGCACAAUGUGCCUGAAUUACCUCUCAAAGAAGGCACAGGACAUAUUGAUAGUGUGAUAACAAUUACAUAUCUUGUAUAUUUAUAUCUGAACCUGUGUGAAAACCUUUAACCAUGUGUUGAUUGCAGAAAACUAAAGCCAAAUUGGUGCUCCAGACUUUUUUUUCUUUUCUGCCAUACAAUGAAGUUGUCAAAUCCAAAAACCGUUAAAAGCCCCAAAAUAACAUUUUAAAUGUCGAUGCUUCAGACCUAAACUAUAGGCAAGUGAAUUUAGUCAGAUCUAAUAUCUCACAUUAAGACAAUGAAACCCACUCUCUCUGCCCUGCAUACUUAAUUAAAUGUGUGAAACUCGAGCUGAAAGGAAUAGACAGGAUCUGCUGGUGUUGAGCUACUUUUUCCUUUUUCUGUCAUUCAGACGACAGCAGUUGAUUUUUUAUUUGAGUCUCUCGUCCUCAGUAAUGCGACGGAGCAGAAGCCGACUAAAUAACUGGAGGGAAAAGAAAACACCCCACAUUCAUUGGACACUUAUUUAUAUUACUGGUUCAAAACUAAAACAUUGCCUAGGUGUACAAAGAAAUGAGCUCACUAGUGGUGGCUAUGCUUUGAAGAAAAAUACCGCUUUGUCUUUUUUUUAAUAUGUAAUAAAACAUUUACUGCA